CUCACCAGAGCCUGUGCGCGCGUGAGCUGGCGCCGCACUCAGUGAAAGCAAAAGGAGCUCCACCAGUUACGAGCCCACUGUAUGUCUGACUGUUGUAGCGUAGAGGAGAAAAGUCUCUACAAUGUUUUCAAUAGGGGAGACAAUGGAGUUUUUCAUAGGAAACCCAUUUUCAACGCCCGUCGGCCAGAGAAUCGAGAGAGCAACCGGCAGCUCUCUACCAUCAGAGGAUUGGGGGCUUAACAUGGAGAUAUGUGACAUCAUCAAUGAGACCGAUGAAGGUCCUAAAGAUGCAGUCAAAGCUAUUAAGAAGAGGAUUGUAGGAAACAAGAAUUUCAAACAGAUAAUGUUGACCCUUACUGUUCUAGAGACAUGUGUGAAGAACUGUGGCCAUCGCUUCCACGUUCAUGUGGCAUCACAAGAAUUUGUCGAAGGCGUGUUGGUCCGUUCCAUUCUGCCCAAAUAUAAUCCGCCCACUGUGCUUCAUGACAGAGUGCUCAGCCUCAUACAGUCAUGGGCUGACGCCUUUCGCAGUUCUCCUUCCUUGUCGGGUGUGGUGCACGUAUAUGACGACUUAAGGAAGCGAGGUCUGGAGUUCCCUAUGACAGACCUGGAUGCUCUGUCUCCCAUCCACACUCCAAAUAGGAGCAUUCCAGAAAAUGGGACUCCUGAGACGCCCCCUGCACCUCAUCCCACACCUCAGUCACAACCACAGGCCUCGACCAGCGCUCCCAGUCUGAAUGCUUUGCCUUCAGUCGAACUCAGUAACGGACCAGUCUCCCUCUCUCCAGAGCAGGAAGCAAAGCUGCGAAGUGAGCUGGCGCUGGUGAAGGGAAAUCUCAAUGUGAUGUCGGAUAUGUUAAACGAGCUGGUGCCUGGGCAAAGCCAGCACGACGAUGCCGUGCUGCUACAGCAGCUGUACUCGGUGUGUAAGAACAUGCAGGCUCGAGUGAUGGAGCUCAUCCCUCAGCUGCUGGAUGAAGGAUUUAUUGAGGAGCUACUUGUGGUGAACGACGACCUUAACAACGCCUUUAUUCGCUACGAGAGGUUUGACAGACUGAAUAAGGCACAAAUUACAAGUAAUCAACAGGAGAGCUCUGCCUGUAGUCCGAGCUUCAUUGACCUCAGCCCCACACCCUCACCUUUUAGUCAGCCUGCUGUCAUCACAACAAGCAGUCAACCAGCAGUCAGCAUCUCAGCCAAUCAGCAUCAAACAACCACCCACAAAGAUGAGGAGGAGUUUGACAUGUUUGCUCAAACCAGAGGGAGCUCCCUGGCCGAGCAGAGAAAAUGCGUCAGGUACGAGGACCCAGGUGCUGUGGAAGGCCUCGCUGGAGCUCUGGACACGAGGUUGCAGGUCACAGGAGGGGUGGCACCAGCCAAAGUCUUGAAUGAGAGCGAUAUUGAUAAAUGGUUAUCUAAUGACAUGGGGGAGCAGUCGUCUGUUUGUGAGGGAGUUUCUAGUGAAGACUUUGAUAAGUUUCUGGAGGAUCGAGCGAAGGCAGCAGACCUCAACAGUCCGGUGCCCCACGGCGCCCCGCCCUCCACAGCCAGGCCGCCGUUGCAAUCCAGCCAAGAGCAGGACCGAUCGCACGACCUGUUUUCACUGUGAGUUUGGAGACAAGGUGAAGAUAAAAUACGUGCAUUGAAAUGUAGCUACAGUCACACGCGUGCUGUGCCACGUCAGGUACAGACCCUCAGUAAAACCUGACCCUAUAGAACUGCUGUACACCUCGAUGCUGAAUGUUUUAUAAAUGCAAUUCUGCUAAACUGUCAUGUUUGACGCCAUGACGUCUGAUGAGUGUAUAUAAAAAUGUAUUAUUAUAUUGUUGAUAUAAGUAGAGGUUUAGUGAAAUUGUUUACACACAAUCAAAGUGGUGUCACGCCAUCAUGUGCCUUUGCUCCAGACAGCUGAUUUUGUGUACAAGAGAAUAAACGGAGCAUUGUCCUGCA